AUGGCAGGCAUCUUCAAGAAGAUCUAUGAUUGGCUGCUCAGCCUCUUCUGGGCCACCGAGAUGGACAUCACCAUGAUCGGCCUCCAGAACGCCGGCAAGACCUCGUUACUGAGGGUUCUGGCGGGCGGCGAGUUCACCAUCGACUCGAUACCGACCGUCGGCUUCAACAUGAAGCGGGUGCAGAAGGGCCAUGUCACCCUGAAGUGCUGGGACUUGGGAGGCCAGCCGAGGUUUCGAUCGAUGUGGGAGAGGUACUGCCGAGGGGUGAACGCCAUUGUCUUCAUCGUGGAUUCCGCCGACAAGGAGGCACUGCCCGUUGCCAAGGAGGAACUGCACAUCUUGCUCGACAAGCCAGCCAUGGAAGGAAUACCGCUUCUCGUCCUCGGCAACAAGUCGGAUCUCUCAGGCCACGCAGGUGUCGACGAGCUGAUCGAGGCGCUGAAUCUCAAGGCCGUCACCCAUCGGGAAGUAAGCUGUUACGGCAUCAGCGCGAAAGAGGAGACCAACCUGGACGCGGUGCUGCAAUGGCUCAUUGCACGAGCGAAGAAAUGA